CUUUUAGGUAUACAAAUGCUCUCUGUCCAGCCAGACACCAAACCGAAAGGUUGUGCUGGCUGCAACCGUAAGAUCAAGGACAGGUAUCUCCUCAAGGCCCUGGACAAAUACUGGCAUGAGGACUGCCUGAAGUGCGCCUGUUGUGACUGCCGUUUGGGAGAAGUGGGCUCUACCUUGUACACCAAAGCCAACCUUAUCCUGUGCCGCCGAGACUACCUAAGGUUAUUUGGUGUGACUGGAAACUGCGCGGCCUGUAGCAAGCUUAUCCCCGCGUUUGAGAUGGUGAUGAGAGCCAAGGACAACGUUUACCACUUGGACUGUUUUGCGUGUCAGCUGUGUAAUCAGAGAUUUUGUGUGGGAGACAAAUUUUUCCUAAAGAACAACAUGAUUCUCUGCCAGACGGACUAUGAAGAAGGUUUAAUGAAAGAGGGCUACGCACCCCAGGUCCGCUGAUUCAGCCGCUCCAAACUUCUCUGAUUAUGGAAGCCCAUCAUUCUUUUCUUUUUUUUCUGUCCUUUCCUUCUCUUUUUAACAUGUAUAUAAGAAAUGACACCAGAACCUACUAAAUAGCAUAGAUAUAGGGAGAGAAAAUGAUCCUGUGGAAUAAAAAGAGAACUGCACUUAUCUGUAGUAAAAAUUGCACCUGUUCACAGCUGGAUGUCCAUUAAAAAUAUUGUACAUACUGCUGAAAGUUUAGUUUUGAUUUUGGCUUGCUGGUUUUGGGAGGGUUUUUUUUUCUUUCUUUCCCUUUUGUGUCCUUUGGCAUGAGAUGCUUAUUUUGGACUAAUGUACAUAAUAUAUUGUAAGAUUUGAAGCACAAAUGUAAUACAGUUUUAUUGUGUUACUAUUUGUGUUCCCGUUUGCUUCUUUGUAUUGUUGCAUUUAGUACAAUCGGUGUCUAAACUUUAUGAUAUAUUUAUGCUUUCUGUAUCUACCAGCUAUUUUGAAAAGGCCAUAUCUUUCUAGUGAAACCAACAAGCAAGUGUGGGGGGAAGAAAUUUUAAGAGCCAAUCCAUUGUAUUCUUCUCUGUAUUGGAAGCUGUGCAACAUUGACCCUUGAACUAUUCGAAUUAAAAAUAACAGAUGAGAUUGAGCCAAUGUUAAGUACCUACUUCCAUUGAAAUGGAUAGGACAUAUUUAAGUGCAUGCUUAACUCUUCUGUUUAAAUCAGUGGGCUUUAGAAUUGCUUAACUUUUUACUAGAUUAUAAUUCUAGCAACCGACAGUGCUGAAAUUGCUGUACUCUGAGAUAUUUUAGAAGAUCACUGGAAACCUGCUGUUGCUUUUCCCUUUAAAAAGAAAGAUGUUAGCUCUUUUCGUUCACUCUGCAUAUUGAAAAUUAUUUCCUGUUUUGCCAUAAUUAUUUGGAAAUGGCUAUGUUGUCACCUACCAACAGCAACUUUACAGACAGGAGUUUUCAACUUCUACCGAGCAGGUUUUUCGUUCUUUUGGGGGCUGCUGUGCUCCACACCCUCCCUAAGAAAAUAUAAUAUUCUCCAUUUCCAAUAUAACUGGGAAUGAGGAGCUGAGCCCCAAUGCAACUCAGUGCCUUUGGGUGUUGUGUAAAAUAUUUUAUAUGUGUAUAUAUAAAUAUUUCUGAAGUUAUUUUAAUGUAGCAUAGUGAUUUCUGCUCCUGUACAGGAACAUAUUAUUGAAGAAGAAAAACACCCUCAGUGUCUUUCCUAAAUUUCAUCCUGUCCAGUGGAUUUAAGAGAUUGUGUGCUCAAUCCCAACUUGCAUUGUUGACCAUGAGUGCCCUCUUGAGGUUACUAUCUAUGUGCUAAUGCAAGACAACUGGACGGGUCAGAGACACCACACAGUGGCAAUGCCUUCAUGCCGGAGACUGACAAAAACCCUGUUUCAUCAUCCAGAAGCACGAUCCUCUGUUUUGCUUUGGCUUGCCAUUUGUGGAAACAGAAAUGAAACGCCUCCAGUAGAGCCCUACGGUUUUUAGCAUCUGUUCUUUUGUAGAUGUGUUUGCUCAAAACUUAACUGAAUAUUGUAUUUUUUGUUUGUUUGUUUGUUUCUUAAUUUAUUGUUAUCCAUUCCAAAUUGUUGGGGUGGGAACUUCUAAAAAGAAAUAAAAUCUAAGGAUUG